AUGGAUAUACGUGUAAAUCAUAAAAAAUUUAAAUAUCAUCGAAAUAAAUAUAAUGCAUGGAAUUUCCCAUCAUUCAAAUAUUUAGAAUAUAAUGCAUGUGGAUUUGAAGAAUCGCCCUCGACAGCAACUGUAAUACCUACAGAAUGUGAACCUGAUAUAGAAGCAGAAAAUAGAGAUAGUAAAGGCAGGAGGAUAAUUCUGAGAGAGUUUUUAUAUGAGGAUCCAGAUUUAUUUGACAGUAAUAACAAAUUAAAACAACAUUAUGGAUUGGAAUGGGAUAUACAACAUUGGAAGAAAGCAGGGGAGGCAGAGACACUAGAUUCUAGCUUUGAUGAGAACCAAAUUAGCCACAGAAGGCCGAAUAAGGUGGAAAAGGAAUUAAAUAAAAUGCUGUCUCGGCCUGUUAAUAUGACUUAA